UGUGGAGCGAGUCUCCAUGAAGUAAUGAGGGCAGCAGGGAAGGAGUUUAUAUUCUCCAGUGAGGACAAAGCCUCACACGCACAGCAUCUCCUCUGGAGCCCUCUGUCCAUAUCAGUUCAUUUUUAACAGGGUUGUCUUCAGGUAGUGGUUGCGGGGGCAAUCAGGAGAGGUGAAACAGCUAUCCAACUAUGCCCAUUUGCAGAGGUCUCAGGCUGAGUUAUUGCUGAGAGACAUGAGACUGACAGACUGAUACAGCAUGAGUGAAGGAGAAAGCCAUUACACUUCCACGCGUCAACUUAUGAGGAAAUAGGGGCGAGGUUGUUCCCUCUCCGCCAGCCAAACUGCCGGUCGUCAUGGAGUCUGUGGUGAGAGUGAAAAAGUCACUGAGAUCGCCCAUCAGGAAACUGACCAGUUGUGUGAAAGCGGCGGAGGAGAAAAGGUUGUGUGCGAGACGCAGAGGGAAGAAGGGCAGGGGCCACAGAGGGUGCAACAUACUGAGGAAGACCCCUCCACUACAGGCCUCGAAUCUCAAAGACCCCUCAAUCAUACGCUCGUACCAGGCUGACCUGGACAAAGAGAGAAAGCUGCGGGAGGCACUGAACGCUCAAAAGAACGCACAGAGGGCAGCUAUGAGAGCUCAGUUCAGGAGAAAAUAUCGACUUUCUGAGAGCCCUGAGGACACAAACCACCUGAGGUCUGUUGGCGGCAAAGUAUCGCUCCCCCCUGAGCUGUCGAAGAUGAUUCAUCCUGAAACCAAAACCAAGGACGACAGCUUCAACCUGCUGAGCGCCUUCCAAGGCCUCAGCAUCAACAGGGCAGUGUUGACCAGAGGGAAACCCAGCAGGACGCCCACACCAGCGUCAGCUCAUGGAGACUCUUGUAGGGUCAUGUAAUUAGUGCUGUUUAUAAAGACAGAAAUAAGUGCUUUCUGAUGGUUUAAAUUAUUGUUUUCUAUAAAUUUGGAAGCCCAGUUUCAUCAUACUUGCUGACAAAAUGACUGAAUGCCAUUCAGAUAUAUUUUUGUACUUAAGCUUAAUUUAUUUAUAAGUAUUAUACUGUAAUAAUUUGAAUAUAUACAUGCGAAAUGUCAUGAUUUCAAAGCAUUUAAAAAAUUUGUUCUUUUGUACCAAAUUGUAUGCAGUAAAUAGACUAUGAAACCAAGCAAAAAUAACUAUAAUGCAAAACCUACAAAUAAAUGGAAAUGAGGGAGA